ACCCGGGCACGGAGCGGAGCGGGGCGAGCGCCCGCGGGAGAGGAUGGUUCCGCCGCCGGGCCCGCUGGCCGUGCUGGACCCCACAGGACAGUUUGCAAAAAGGAAGAAGACUUCACUUUGGUUCACAGUCGCACUGCUGGUGGUGUCUGUUUUCAUACUGACCAUAGGGCUGGCAGCUACCACACGAACAGAAAAUGUUACUGUGGGAGGCUACUACCCAGGCAUUGUUCUUGGCUUUGGAUCUUUCCUAGGGAUUGUUGGCAUCUACCUGGUAGAAAACAGAAGACAAAUACUGGUGGCCUCCAUUGUGUUUAUCAGCUUUGGUGUUGUGGCAGCCUUCUGUUGUGCAAUAGUUGAUGGAGUGUUUGCAGCACGACACAUAGAACCCAGACCUCUGUAUAACAAAAGAUGCCAGUUCUAUUCAAGUGGAAUAGGAUUCCUGUAUGAUGCCUACCAGACUGAGGUUACGUGUCAUACCUUAAACAGCAAGUGCCAGCUGAAAGUGAAGAGUAACACAUGCUAUUGCUGUGAUCUGUACAACUGUGAGAACUCAGACCAGUCCUCCAGCUACUAUGAAUUCCUUGGUGUGAGCAGCUGUCAAGAUGUGCUUCACCUGUACAGACUGUUGUGGUCCUCCACAGUCCUCAACAUCAUCGGCUUGUUUCUGGGGAUUAUCACAGCAGCCAUUCUUGGGGCAUUUAAAGACAUGGUACCUCUGUCCCAAAUUGCUUUCAGUGCUGCACCUCCUCCUCAGAUCCUGUACAACCCUGCCCAGCAGAUCCUGACAUACGCCGGGUUCUGUCCUUCAGCAGCAACCAUUUCUACAUACCCAUCCUACCCACUGCCCCUUCAGCCUGCCGGCAAUUUUCCAGGAACAUCAUCUACUGACAUUUCUUUAUCAGAAGAAACUCAGCCUCCAUCUCAGUCCAGCUCCAGCUAUGGUCUUCCCCCGAAUGCUCCAGCCCUCUAUACACCAACUUACUGCUUGCCUGGAGAAAAGCCUCCACCAUAUGCACCCUAGAGCAAAGAAUUUAUUUUAGUAGCUGGCAGGCUUUAUUUUGUUUUACAGAAACCUCUGGAAACUGCACUGUUCAGGCACUAGACUUCCCAAAGGAGCCCAGCAGAGAGUGUGUUACUGCCACUCCAGUUUUACCCACAUCUCCCUGUGAGCUGGGCAGAGCCCUGGAACUGUAGGGACAGUCAUAUCACCACUCACUUUGCCUGCAGUCAGAUGUAGUAGAACUUUCUGGCUACUGUAAGCAUUUCCUUCAAGAGGAAAAAUGAAGAAAACACUCUGGAUAUGUGUUCUGCUUUCUUAACCAAUAUCAAGGGAUUUUAGCCUGUUGUCUGAGUGGGUAGCCAGGAGCUCUCAGAGUCAAUCAUUUUGGGUAGCAAGAGUUUGUUUGCUUGUAGUGUUUAAUAACUCUUCUGGUGAAAGUGUUGUACCAAUAAAGUGUGGCAAUUAUUUUA